AAAUUGGUUCUAAGUCAGACCUACAUAGGAGUUUUUGUUUCAUGUCGCUAUGACAUUCCUAACAGAAGUUACAUGCAGUUUUGUCUGUAUUUUUUUCUCCUAGGGGGCGCUAGAGCGCAAUUUUCAUUUUGGGGGAUUGGUUGCUUAAUAUGUUGGGAAGGUUUGCUAAGUUUGGUGAGUUUUGAAGGAUGUUAAGGGGGUCAAAUUACAGCGCGUAGGUGCGGAAUAAUAAUAAAACACAGCAGUUUCAAUAGGGAGUCCUUUGCCAAAAUUGAGGCAGCUCACUGGUAAGUGCUGCUAUUUGAGCUAUUUUUAGAACAGGCCAGCGGGCGACUCCUCUGGUCCGACCGCAUUGGUGACCCCUGAUCUACAACAUGCUGUAUUUUCUGUCAACACUCUCGCACGGUUACCUUGGUGACGAAACCACAGCUUUUCCAAGAUGCCUUCAGGGUCGUCCGUUCAUGAGCUUUUUCCCGUAACUUCACACCUUUCUGUAAAAAAAAAAACACCGCAAUAUGUUGCUGAAAUGACUCUCAAUGUUGUACUUUGGCCUUAAUUAAUCUUGGGGGUUAAUAUUCGGCUCAUGUAAUGUUUGUUCAAGUCAAGACGACCUUAGUUGCUUUUUCCCCCUGGUGUUGUAGACCCUGAACGCAGCACAUUCCCAAGAACAGGAAAACGCAACGAGUUCAUUUCAAACUUUGCUCCCUUUUUUUCUGGUUCUUUGAGCGCAAAUACAAGAUUAGACCCUGAACUCACCACAUUCCCAAGAACAGGAAGACGCGAUGAGUUCAAUUUCUUUGGCUUCGAACUUUGCUCCCUUUUUCCCCGGUUCUUUCCGCGCCUGAGCGCAAGUACACGACAAGACUUCCCGUGCUGAGCCAUGGCCGGCGUCCAGAUCCGGAAGUACCGCCAGGACGACGCGGAGACGGUGAAGGAUCUCUUCUCGCUGGGCAUGAGCGAACACGUGCCCUCGUCCUUCGUGCACCUCCUCAAGCAGCCGCUCACCCAGAUGGUGCUCAUGUGCACCUUCUGCGCCCUGCUGACCAGCUCCAAGUCCUUCCUGCUGCCCGUCCUCGCCGUCACGCUGCUGAUGGCCGCCGCCCGCCAGCUGGUGGCCUACAAGUUCAAGAGCUACAUCGAGACGUCCUUCGGGCUGGACCUGAACGCCGUCGGCGAGACCUACAUGGCGGGCAAGGACUCCUGCUUCUGGGUGGCGGAGAGCGAGGGGCGGGUGGUGGGCAUGGUGGCCUGUCUGCCUCACCACAGCGCCCCCGACUGCCUGGAGCUGAAGCGCAUGUCCGUGCGGCGCAGUCACCGCGGCAGGGGCGUGGCCAAGGCGCUGUGUCGGACGGUGGCGGACUUUACCCGCCAGCGAGGCUACGCCGGCGUCCUCCUCUACACCUCCGUGGUCCAGACGGACGCCCAGAAGCUCUACGAGCACAUGGGCUACCACAAGGUGCGAGAGUUCCUCCUUCCUGACGUCGCCCUCAAGCUCAUGAACUUCUCGCUCUUGGAGUACCGGCUGGAUCUGCAGGCAGACAAGAAAGGGAACUGAGGGAAAAGACUUCCACAGAACUGUUCCGCCACUCAGAUGUCGUCGUUUUGUUUCAAUUUGUAGCAAUUUUAAAAGAAUGUCCAGUUUAGCUCAGGGGUGUCCCAACCCGCCAGCCUCUUCAAAACAUCGAUUAUUUUCAAGUUAAUCUUAACUAGUUUCUGAACGCUUCACAUUUGCUGCCCUCUAGUGGACAAUCAUCAACAAACAGCACAGCAUUUAAUUUUAUGACAUAAUCCAAACAACCUUCCUUAGUCAUGGUGCAAAAAAAAACACUUAAUGGUAAACACACAUGGUCACACAUAACAUAAACAUUGUGGAUGUGGGUAUUAUGACAAACAACCUUCCCUAGUCAUGGUGUAAAAAAAAAACACUUAAAGGUCAACACACAUAAUCACACAUACCAUAAGAUAAACACUGUGAGUGUGGGUAUUAUGAAAAACAACCUUCCCUAGUCAUGGUGCAAAAAAACCUACAUAAAGGUCAACACACAUAACACAACCUAAACAUUGUGGAUAUUAUGAAAAACGUCCAAACACCGUACAACUUUUCUAAAUCACACCCAUUUAAAUCUAUUUGGAAAAAAUACAAAAUAAUCUUAAAACUCAAUUUAUAUGACACAAUCCAAACAACCUUCCCUAGUCAUGGUGCAAAAAAAAAAAAACACUUAAAGGUCAACACACAUACCAUAACAUAAACACUGUGAGUGUGGGUAUUAUGAAAAACAACCUUCCCUAGUCAUGGUGCAAAAAAAAACGACAUAAAGGUCAACACACAUAACACAACCUAAACAUUGUGGAUAUUAUGAAAAACGUCCAAACGCCAUACAACUUUUCUAAAUUACACCCAUUUAUAUCUAUUUGGAAAAAAUACAAAAUAAUCUUAAAACACAAUUUAUAUGACAUAAUCCAAACAACCUUCCUUAGUCAUGGUGCAAAAAAAAAAACACUUAAAGGUCAACACACAUGGUCACACAUAACAUAACAUAAAUAUUGUGGAUGUGGGUAUUAUGAAAAACAACCUUCCCUAGUCAUGGUGCAAAAAAAAAAAAACGACAUAAAGGUCAGCACACGUGGUCACACAUAACACAACCUGAACAUUGUGGGUAUUAUGAAAAACGUCGAAACACCAUAAAACUUUUCUAAGUCACACCCAUUUCAAUCCAUUAGAGUGCAUGAUGGGGAAAAUGCAAAACACUCUUAAAGCACAACUUAUUUGAAACAAUCCAAACAACCUUCCCUAGUCAUGGUGCAAAAAAACUUACAUGACGUUCAACACACAUGGUCAUACAUAACACAACCUAAACACUGUGGGUAUAAUGAAAAUAUCUAAAUUACACCCAUUUAAAUCUGUUUUUGGAAAAAUGCAAAUCAAUCUAAAACACAACUUUUAUGACACAAUCCAAACAACCUUCCCUAAUCAUGGUGCAAAAUAA